AUGUAUGCGGUAGCUCCAAGUUAUACAAAAGCUGCACUAUUAAAUUUCUUGAUAAUCAAUUUUCUGAGUUCUAUAUCAGUAACAAUUAUUUCGAUGGUGUUUUGUUACCGCACAAGGGUUAAAAUCAGGCCGUACUCACCAUUGAGAUAUAAUCCUGACGAUCCUUCAACAUUCAUGCCUGAGAAGAAUAUGAAGAAAGCGAAAAAAAGCAGAAAAAGCAAAAAGAGCGAUAAAUCACGGUUGUCCAAUAAAUCAGCAUUGGGUAGCAAAAAGGACAGUGGCGGCGAUGAAGCAGGUGAUCACAUGCGUGCAGCAGAUGAUUUGGAAACAGUGGGCAUGGUUCAGAGUGCAUGGGGAGAAGUACAGCCAUCAGUCGUUAUGUCUGUGAAUCAACCGGCUUGAUCUGCAUUAUUUCUC